AUGGAGCUAGAGAUGAAAGCGAGGGAGAUGUCCUCGGCAAGCACGGAUUUCACAAUGACCAUUUACACCGUGACAUCCAGGAGUAUUUCAGCCCGCUGGAGCAGGUAUGUGGGAGCACAUUCCUACAGGUUUUCCGCAACCUCCAAUGCAGCUAUGGGACAGCCAGCGUUCGUUAUUUUCAACAAUCGGUUUGUCCUCGGUACAGUCUCCUCCUUGUUACCUGCAACUCUGUACAAUGUCAAAGUAGAGGUUCUGGACGGGAACGGUAAUGUCCUGGCCGAAGCUCAAACACAACAACUAACAGCUCCUGAUGUCCCUUUAAACAUAAAUGCUUAUUCAAAGACGAGCAGUAGUAUUACUGUGAAUUGGUCAGCCAUUCCCAAAGCCGCUGGCUAUGUCUUGAAAGCAAAAGCUGGCAGUUCAAUCAUUCAAACCAUUGUCAAUGAUUCAUCUGGGACCCUGACGGGGUUGCAGCCGUAUACUUUAUAUACCAUCUCUGUACAAUCUUCUAAUACUGGAGGAAACAGUCAACCAUCACCACCUGUAGAAACAAGAACAGUUUUAGCUGCCCCUGUCAUCCAUUCAUUUUCACCAAAUUUCAAGACGAUAAUGGUCAAUUUGGAGCCUGUGUCCCAAGCAGUGAAAUACAGCUUCAUUAUCAUCAGGUCUGACGCUGUAGGCAACAAGAUUAAAAAGACCAUAACGUCCACCAAUGUAACAUUCACUGACCUGGAGCCAGGUACUUGGUACACAAUAAAAGCACAUGCUUUGGAUGCCAAUGGUAUACCUGGAGAUGACAAGAUUAAAGAACAAGUAACAAGACCCCAUGCUCCACAAUCUGUGCGAGCUUUUCUUACCAGUGCUUCAAUGAGCACAUCUCUGGGUUGUGUUGUUACAUGGAAUGCCUCAGAAGGAUCAACAUAUUACAUUGCUGUGCCCAUUGGAAAAUCUCGGAAUCUAGUCCAGAACUGCACAUCACGAUUCACAUCCUGCAUCAUCUCUCCAAUCCAGUGUGGUAUACAGCACAAUGUCACUGUAAUCGCCUAUAAUGAAGCAGGUGCAUCUGAUGCCUCAAAUCCAUCAGAAUUUACAAGUGUACCUUGCAGUCCAAAUGAUAUUAAAAUUCAGGAGAUCCACUCUGGUAAUCUGACAGUGUCCUGGGCGGCAUCCCCUCUGACUGAUUACCAUACUACUUUUGUGAAAAGAGACGAUGGCCUAGAAGUUAUGUGCAACACUUCACUAAGAAACUGUUAUUUCCAGUCAGAAUGCGGAUUUAUUUACUUUAUCAGCGUUUUUUCAUACAACAAAGUGGGGCAGAGUCCUCCAGGCAAUGUUUUAAAUUAUACAACAGCACCUUGUUGUCCAAUGCAGGUUAAAGACUUGUAUGUCUCAAGUGAUACCAUUGAGGUGAAAUGGAAUCCAGCUCGUGGAGCCGAGAUGUAUGAAACCAAAGCCCAAGAUGUGAGCUCAGUGGUGUUCUGUAAUGAUACUUCCACAAUCUGUACAUUGUCUGGAUUGAAAUGCAACACCAUCUACAAUAUUACUAUAUAUUCUUACAGUGAUAUAAGGGGGUUCAACUAUUCAUGUCAGAAAAAGUCAAUCACCACAGGGCCAUGCAGUCCCAGCAUUCUGAAUAUUACAAAAGUGAAUCCAUCAACCAUUAACGUAUUAUGGCAACAAAAUAAUCGUGAUGCCAUGUACAAGGUGUUUGCUUUCGGAAAAGCAGGGGUCCGAUCCUGCAAUAGCUCGGGAUAUUCCUGUGAAAUCACUAACCUCCCCUGUGGAGCUACGUUCUCUGUCAGUGCAGUUGCCACAUCUCCAGAAGGGAAGAGUUUACCCAGCUACAGUCUACCGGUAGAAACUGCACCUUGCUGCCCAAAUAGCUUCUCAGUCACACAGAUUACACAGUCAAUGACCAAUGUUAGCUGGACUGCUGCAAUUGGAGCACAGUCAUAUACUACACUCUUGGAAUCAUCUAAAGGGCAAGCUAAAUGCCACACUGGAGAAACCCAUUGCCUCCUUGGAUGUAUAACUUGCAGCACCAACUAUACAGUGUCUUUAAGUGCCAUUAGUGAAACGGGGCUGAUGUCAAUGUGCAACUACCAAGGAUACUCAUCGAGUGGUUGCUGUCCAUCUGCAGUUAAACUUUACAGGUUAGGCAGCAGUGCGUUAAGAGUUUACUGGCAUGCCACUGCUGGUUCUGUGAACUACAUCGUAAAUAUUACCAGCGACAAUGGAAACUUCACCUGCUCCCCAAUGUCUGGGUACACUUACUGUGACAUAAAUGAGAUUUACUGCGGGGACAUUUACACUGUCAUCGUCUCUCCAGUUUCCAUAGAUGGAUCAAUGGUCACAUUUUGUCCAAUGAAAAUGUAUUCAGUCUCCUGUUCUAUGAAUUCAGGUGCAAUGGUAAUUUAUCGAGGGAAGAGGAGCUUAUUUCAUAACAAAGCUUAGGAGGGACAAGAAAAUCUGAAG